AAUGGUCAGGUUUAAGAAUAGAUACUUUUUAUGCGAAUAUAUUCAAGAAAAUCAGGAAUGGGAAUUUUCAGAGAGAGACUUGUUGAAUGAGAUAAAAGAUCAAGUAGAAUAUCAUUUUGGUUAAUUUGGGUCUGGCAAAAUUUAAUUUUCAUUUUAAGGUAAAGGAUUCGACAAAUUGAAUAGUGAAAUAUUUGAAUUCUAUUUCAAGAUUGUUUAUCUUGAGAGUGAGUAGAGAGUACAAAAGUAUAAUUUGGUCAACCCUCUUAUUUAUGAAUAUGUUUAGAGGAGUACCAAUCAAAAUUAGAACCUUAAGUUGUUCAGGCACAAUAAGAAAGUGUGAAAUCAGAGCUAGGAGAUUACUCACAAAAUGGGUACAUAAAAUAUUAAAAUGUGAUAUGCCCAAUCAAUUGCGAAAUACUAUUAUUAGAGAUUAUAAAUAAACUAAAUAAAUUCUACCUUAAUUAACAUAAUGA